AACUUCCAAGACAACGAGGUGAUCUUUAAGAGCAGGAUAUCGGAGCUUGAACUCUCAUUACAAGAUGGCCAGGCGGUACUCAGAACGAAAGAGAACCGCAUCCACUGCCUGGAGAAGACGGAAGAGGACUUGAAUGCUAAGAUUGAUGGUUUCAAGUUGGAGUUGGGAAGACUUCAAAAGCCAGAGAAACAGGGCAAGCUAGAACAUGACGAACUCUCAGAUAUCGAUGACCUCAGGUGGGAGAACCAGAAACUCAAGUCAGAUUUUGAAAAAGCUAAAAAGAUGUUAGAAACUCGUCACAAGAAGUACCAGCAGGCGGAAGCCAAGCAGCAGAUCCGAGUGAAACAGCUUGAGGAACAGAUCAGCCAGGAUGAGUCGAUGGUCAUGGCGAUGAAAGAUGAGAUGGACGGCAAAGACGACCAGCUUAAGAAACUCAGGACAUCUAUUAAAGAGCUUGGCCGACAGAACCAGGACCUGAUGGAAAAGAACAUGAUCCUACAGGACAAGGCCAAGGAGCUCGAUCGUCUGCUUUCAUCCGAUCAGCAGAAGAUACAGAGGAAACUGGUGCGGGAGAUGAACACAAGCAUCACAGAGCUGCAGUCGCUGAUUGAGAUCUGUAUGGAAAGAUCUCAGGGACAGGAUCCGAAUAUAUCAGUGCUUCUCGGUGUCCGAGCGCCAUCUAUGGCAGAGUCGGAAGAAGAGGCUGAUGCAAAUGACGUCCCAGCACUGAAGAAGAAACUGGCUCAAGUUCGAGGUUUACGGAAAGAAAUUGAUAAAAUGAGGGAGCUUAUUUCAAAUAAAUAUGCUGAAGACAUGGGAGACAACUUCAACUGUACAACUUCAUAAAAAGCUCUGCCAUGUUUUUGGAUCACAUCAUUAUUAGAAGCCAGAAACUUGAGCCAAUCGUUGACAAUUUUCUCUGCCAAGUGAAGUUCACAGCCAUGACAAACUGAUAAUGCAGUAUUUCAAAUACACCUAUAGUCAAUGGCUCAUAUGAAUAAAGUCUAGCAAAUGCUUUUACUUCAAUUUGUACAGAAAGGCCUAGUGUAAUUGUACAUGGAGUUUUAGAUAAAAGCAUUUGUUAGUCUUUAUUCAUAUCACCCAAUAUUACACUGUUGUUUCUGUCUUCAUCCAUCAGACGUGCUUGCAUUUCUGUGAUGUACGAGUAUCAGUAAAGCAUAUCUUCGAGUCGGACGUCUUCGGUCUUAUUCUAAAGUGCCCUUGUAGAAUUUUUGCACAAAUGUGACCCCGCACAUCAAUCCAGGGAUUAAGUCGCAUUUUAGCCAUAUUGAGUUAAACAUCUCUUUAAAUCCCUUAGGCUUCAAGCUUCAUUUUGGUACCACCCCAACUUCAUUAUCUUAUUUGGUUACAAAGUUAUGACUGUUUGAAAAACGGCAUUUCAACAUAUUUCUCUAUUUAUUCCAUUGCUUUUAUCCUUGUUUUCUCAAUACUUUCCAAUGCGACUUAAUCCCUGGUUUGAUGUGCGGGGUCACAAAUGUUCUUUUACCAAUACCAAUUUGAUACUAACGUUUUAUUUACAAACAUUAAAGAAAAACAUGGUUAUUUUUCAUUUUCUAAAUAUAACUUCUGUAUUUUCAUAUAUCCUUGGAUUUGGCGAAUAACUUAAAUUUUGUAAACAGUGUUCAGAAAAAGGCUGAACAAGAAGUUUUUGGUGCAGACAUAUUGUUCUGGGUGCAGGUACACUCAGUACAAUGAUCACUGCACACAGUCAAAUUUUGCGUCCAAUUUUCUGAAAAUACUGAUUCAGGUCUUACAUGUGAGCCAUUACUUUCAAGCCAUAGGCCCUGAAUCAGCAUACCGAGUACUAUAAAAAUUGGAUGAAAAAUUUGAUCACGUGCUUGGCUCUGGUUAGCAGCAGUUGUAUAUAUACUGUGUUGACGUGUUUAAGUCUGUUAAGGGCCGCCUGUACAAUAGGCCUAAUGUGCCUACAUGUAUGUAUACAUGCUGACGCACCUCAACCAGCUUAGAUGUGUUGACACAGUAGUCCAUAGGCAAUGUACAGCAGUUAUCUUGUUAAAUGCAUUUAUACAUUUUGUACUCCUACUUUUCUAAUUCUGAUAAAUAGAGAUUA